AUGCUUGCUCUCCCGCUCGGCUGGCUGUUGCUCGGUAGCUUCGUCCUCUACAGGUUCGCCCUGUACGUCCACACUGCGCUCGCCCGCCGUCGUGCUGCAAAGGAGCAUGGCUGCAAGGCGGCGCCAGCAUAUCCCGAUUUCGAUCCCAUCUUCGGCCUGGGGCUUGUUUUCGAGGCCAUCAAGAGCAACAAACAUGACACAUUCCUCGAGGACGUCCGGAACCGGUACCUGAAAUACGGCAACACUUUUACCAGCAAGCUCACCGGCCUCCCCAUAAUAACGACUUGUGAACCGGAGAACGUCAAGACCGUGCUGGCCAUAAAGUUCAACGACUACCAGCUACCGCCACGUCGCAAGGCCGGCUUCCGUGAGCUCUUCGGCAACGGAGUCUUCACCAAUGAUGGCAGCGACUGGGAACACUCCAGGGCGAUGCUGCGACCCAACUUCUCGCGCUCGCAGAUUGCAGACCUAAACAUGUUCGAGCGUCAUGUCCGCGAGCUUAUAGAGCUGAUCCCUACUGACGGCUCGACUGUCGACCUGCAGAGCCUCUUCUUUGGCAUGACGCUUGACUCUGCCACCGAGUUCCUCUUCGGAGAGUCUGCCAGCACUCUGUCCGGCCACCGCAGCACUGCGCCUAAAGGCGACAUCUUCGGCCAGUCGUUCGACUACUGCACCGGCUACAUUGGAAAACGCUUCAGGUUUGGGCUGCCGUCCAUCUGGGGGAACAAGAAGUACAGGCAGGGGGUCAAGGAUGUACAUACCUUUGCAGACCAUUAUGUUAGGAAAGGAAUCGAACGGUACAACUCGCGGGAGAAGCUUGGAGAUGUUCCUGAUGAGUCUGGCCGAUAUGUCUUUUUGGACGAGCUGGUCAAGGAGACACAGGAUCCGCUGGUGCUGAGGUCGGAACUUAUGAACAUCCUGCUUGCCGGCCGUGAUACCACUGCCAGUCUGCUCAGCGUGCUAUGGAACACCCUAUCGAAACGCCAGGAUGUCUGGGAGAAACUCCAGGCCGAGGUUCAGACGCUCGACGGCCGCGCUCCCUCUUUCGAAGAGAUCAAGAACAUGAAGUAUCUCCGCUUUACCUUGAAUGAGAUUCUCCGUCUAUACCCCGUUGUGCCAGGCAACUCUCGCAGUGCCAUCCGGGACACCGUUCUCCCUCGCGGCGGUGGCCCAGACGGCCAGUCUCCCGUCUUCGUACCCAAGGGAACCUCGGUCAUUUAUAGUGCAUUCUCCAUGCACCGUCGUACCGACAUCUACGGCCCGGACGCUCUUGAAUUCAAGCCUGAGCGAUGGGAGACCAUCCGCCCUGGCUGGGGCUAUCUGCCGUUCAACGGUGGUCCCAGAAUCUGCCUUGGCCAACAAUUUGCUCUUACCGAAGCUUCCUAUGCUACUAUCAGAAUCAUGCAGACCUUCAAGAACAUCGAGUCAAGAGACCCGCAUCCAUGGACCGAGCUGCUUACCGUCACUUGUUCUAGCAAAUAUGGUGCUAAGGUGGCCUUGAGCUGA